AUGGUAAGCAUUUUAUCUUCUUACACUGUCAUUCCCAGCAAGCCUACACCACACUGUACUCUCUUGCUGAGUGAGUAUGAGCAAAUCAAAGCAUUCACUCAUGCCAUCUUAAUCUAUGUCUACAAGCCAGAUCCUCUCAAUAAAAAUAUCUCCAAAAUGGUUGAAAUAAUCAGAAACUCACUUCGCGAUGUAUUGGUCCAUUAUUACCCACUCGCUGGGAGGCUGCGCAUGAUAAAAGGCAGAAGAUGGGAAAUGGAGUGCAAUGCAAUGGGCGUGCAAUUGUUGGAAGCAGAAGCUGCAGGAACACUCAACGACUACGGUGACUUUGAACCCAACGACACCAUCAAACACCUUAUUCCCAAACUUGAUUACACCGAACCCAUCGACAAUCUGCCAUUGUUUAUGGCGCAAUUAACAAGAUUCUCCUGCGGUGGAGUCUGCAUUGGCAUUGCCACUUCCACUAUUGUUGUCGACGGAAUUUCUGCCACUCAUUUCAUCAAUUCAUGGGCGAAGUUGGCUCGAGAAGGCACCUUGGAAAAACACGACAUGCCACUUUUGAACAAAGUGGUUAUGAGUUCAGACUCGAAACCCCAAUUUGAGCACAGAGAGUUCAAGUCGUUGCCACUCGUACUUGGCCACUCUGACAGCAUGGAGGAGAGCAAGAAGGAGACAACGCUAACAGUAGUGAAACUCUCAAAAGAAAUGGUGGAGAGCCUGAAGAAGAAAGCCAAUCAAGACAAUGAGGGUCGAGCUUAUAGCAGAUACGAGAGUAUUUCAGCUCACAUAUGGCGAUGUGUAGUGAAGGCACGUGAUGGGGAGGACAAUCAACCAACAGUUGUAAGCAUUGCAGCUGGCGCUAGAAGCAGACUAAACCCACCUUUACCUUUAACCUACUUUGGGAAUGUAACAUAUCCAACAUUGACACCCACAUGCCUAAGUCGUGAUAUUGUGUCAAAGCCCUUGAGCUAUGUGGCACACAAGAUCAGGGAAGCGAUUGAGGUGUUAACAGACGAGUAUUUAAGGUCAGGGUUUGCUUUCAUUAGGAAGGAAAAUGAUGUAGGGUGGCUCAGGGACACAUUUCUUGGGAACCCUAACCUUAGCAUAUGGAGCUGGUUGAGUAGCAUGCCAAUUUAUGGGCCAGAUUUUGGGUGGGGAAGGCCAGUGUACAUGGGUCCGGGUGCUGUUAGAGGGGAUGGGAGGGCAUUCAUUCUGCCAGGUGCAGGAGGAGACGGGUCAGUUUUAGUGGCCAUUAGGUUGCAAACUGGUCACGUUGAAGCAUUUAAGGAGUUCUUCCACAAGGACCUUAAUAUUUGA